CUCACGCUGUCACGGCUCCAGUCAGGGAAGCGCAUCUGUGGCGCGGAAGGAACUACAUCAACCAGCAUGCAGCGCGAAAAUGGGUCGGCGAAGCCGCUUCCUAAUAAGUAAGCGAAGUGUAGCUCCUCCCUGGAUGCAGUUAUGUGAGAGUUGUGCUCUGCGCUCAGCACUCGUCUUCUUUACAGCUUUCUUGGCUCCUUAUAACGGAACAUGGGGGCUGAGAAAGUGCAGAAAGCCUCCACGGUGCCCAAGUUAUUCCAGCAUCAGGGGGCGCUGGAGCUGCUCGUCUUCAACUUCUUGCUCAUCCUCACUAUCAUGACUAUCUGGCUCUUCAAGAACCGCAGGGUUCGCUUCCUGCACGAAACUGGAGGUGCUAUGGUGUAUGGUUUGGUUAUGGGACUUAUAAUACGCUAUGCAGUGAAAUCCUAUGAUGUGGACAGUGGGUCGGUGUAUGGCUGUGAUCAGCUGAAAAGUAAUGCCCCAGUGCUCCUGAUUAAUGUUACAGAUCAUGUCUAUGCCUAUGAGUACAGAGGUGAAGUCAGCAAGCAUAAUGUCAACAAUCACCAGGGAAAUUCUAUGCUUCAAAAGAUGACAUUUGACCCAGAGGUUUUCUUCAAUGUGCUACUACCACCUAUCAUUUUCCAUGCUGGAUACAGCUUAAAGAAGAGGCAUUUCUUCAGAAACUUGGGCUCUAUCUUGACAUACGCCUUUUUAGGAACUGCAAUCUCUUGCAUUGUGAUUGGGUUGAUAAUGUAUGGCUUUGUUAAAGCAAUGACGCAGCUGGGACAGAUACAGAAGGGUGACUUCCACUUCACAGACUGCUUAUUUUUUGGCUCUCUGAUGUCCGCCACUGAUCCAGUGACUGUGCUGGCUAUAUUUCAUGAAUUACACGUAGAUACCGAUCUCUACACCAUGCUAUUCGGAGAGAGUGUCCUAAACGAUGCUGUAGCCAUUGUCCUCACAUAUUCCAUAUCCAUAUACAGCCCAAAGGAGAAUCCGAAUGUAUUUGAUGCAGCUGCUUUCUUUCAAUGUGUUGGCAAUUUCCUUGGAAUCUUUGCUGGUUCUUUUGCAAUGGGUUCAGCCUUUUCUGUUGUCACGGCCUUAUUGACAAAAUUUACAAAGCUGUGUGAGUUUCCCAUGCUGGAAACUGGGCUGUUUUUCCUCCUCUCGUGGAGUGCCUUCUUAUCCGCAGAAGCAGCAGGACUCACAGGUAUUGUUGCAGUUCUGUUUUGUGGCGUGACUCAGGCCCAUUAUACAUACAACAACCUGUCUGAUGAAUCCAGGUUAAGAACCAAACAGCUCUUUGAAUUCAUGAAUUUUUUGGCAGAAAAUUUCAUCUUCUGUUAUAUGGGACUAGCACUAUUUACAUUCCAGAACCAUAUGUUCAACGCGCUGUUCAUCUGUGGUGCAUUUAUAUCUGUUUUUGUGGCAAGAGCAUGUAAUAUAUAUCCUCUUACUUUCUUCUUGAACUUGGGGAGAAGAAAAAAAAUUCCAAGGAAUUUUCAGCACAUAAUGAUGUUUUCAGGCUUACGUGGUGCAAUAGCCUUUGCUCUGGCUAUAAGGGACACAGAUUCACAACCAAAGCAAAUGAUGUUUACUACAACACUACUAGUUGUGUUUUUCACGGUGUGGAUCUUUGGAGGGGGCACAACCCCAAUGCUGACAUGGCUUCAAAUCAGGGUAGAUGUGGAUCCAGAUCAGGAUUUAAAGGAAAUUGCUGGAAAUCAGAGUACAGAAAAUCAAAAUGGAAGCUCAACCAAGGCAGAAAGUGCUUGGCUCUUCAGGAUGUGGUAUGGUUUUGAUCACAAAUACUUAAAGCCAAUUCUGACGCACAGCGGACCUCCUCUUACCAGCACAUUACCGGAAUGGUGCAGUCCUAUUGCUCGACUACUCACCAGUCCCAAAGCGUAUGGACAGGAAAAGCUAAAAGACGAUGACAUGGACUGCAUUGUAAACCAUGAUGAAUUGACCACCAGCUAUGAGGAACCCACAUCCACAGCAAGCCAGCCAAGAGAAAUGAGUAUCCCAGCACAGAGAGAGGGCAGAGAAAAUGUAUAUGAAGGUGACCUUGGACUGGGAAGUUAUGACUUCAGCCUUGAUAAUACAUCACAUAUGUCACCAUUAGGCACUGAUGACAGAACUGCACAUGUGUAACUGGGUCGCAUUUAUUAGAGCCUACAGUUUUCUCAUGAAAGGUGAAUUUACUGGAUUAUACAUUGUUUACUUUUAUAAGGGAAACUAGGUGUUGUACCUAGUGCAAAAUAUGACCACCUUUUUUCUGUCCAGUCCAAGUGACACAAUCAUUUACUAAUUAAUGUUAUUUAGCUAUGACCUAUCUUUUGUUGCUUUUUCCCCCUGUGCUUGUUGGAUGUUAUUAUGUGGAUGAUAAACUACACAGAGCUGACACCUUGGCAAAAUACCCUGAAGCCAUGUCAGGCUCUUCCCCUCACUUUGAGCUGCGAGUUCAGUUGACAGCAGGUUCUAAUUGCUCCCUGAAGCCAGAAACAGGAGUUUAUAACAAUGAUCUCUACUCCACUGAAUAGAGAAUGACAGUCCCCAUUAAAAACCUAUAUAAAUAUCUGUGGUGCUAGUACCCCAGGGAAAAUAAAAUGUCAAAAGUUAACAGGUGCUACCAAAACACUUCAUACCUGUAAAGAUACCAGCACAACAGAAGGUUCCCAUUGCAACUAUACAAAAAGAACAUGUCGUUUCAGCCAUCAUUUUGCUACUGCAGGGCAGAACUCAUACAGCCAAGCUGGACUGUGCUAAUAACUGCCCAUAUACACUUUGGAAAAAUACAGAAUAUAAAAAAACUAUUUAAUACUGAGGCUAAACAAGAGUAAAUGUUGUGGUUUCAUUGUCCAGAUAUUCAGGUUAAUGCUGGAUUCAUUCAUUGCCUCAAAGUAAUUCUAUUGUGUUUUUUUCCAGUAAAUCAUGACUGUGAUCUGCUUAAUGGGAUUGGAUCCCUAGCACUUUACUAAGCACCGAACAUUAAUUAACAUACUAGGGCUAUUUCAUGUGAAUGUCUAAACCUCCAAUGAUGCUUAUUCAUGUAGCCAUUUUCUAAACUAAACAUUAUACUUAUGUUUAAAGGCUUUAAGGUCGAAGAGACAUUUCUUCACAAAUAGCCUGAAAUAGUCUUUCCAAAAUGAAUUGGGUGUACCGUGGAAUACGUAUGCAUCAAUUAUGCCCCUCAGUCUACAACUCCCUGCCCAUGAAUAUGUCACCAGUGUGAGUCGGUACAGAUCGACAUUGGACACCUUAGCUAUUCAAUUAUGUCAUUUACAAAAACCGCUACAUCAAGAAACUUGCCAUUCAUAGGAGGCUAACCCAUCUACAACAUUUGGCACACAAGCUCAGCCACUUUGCAAAAAUAUAUGUAUGUCCUGCUGGCUUUAUACGCACACAGGCAUUGUUGUAGGUGGUUGGGAUCAGCAGCAAGCUAUCCACUGCGUUUUCCCAAGUGAUUCAUUUUAAUUGGUUUCUGACCAAUUUGGCAGGUGACUAUUUGUCCGUUGUGACCAAUUGGUAUAAAUCACAUACCAUGCCUCAUGAAGAAACUUCGGGCCACUCCGAAAAACCAUAGAGAACAGAGUGCCACCCUGCCGGCUAUGCACAUUCUUGCCGUCUGGAAGAUAUUUCAGGGAGAUUAGUCGCCUGAAGAGGAGAUUUGUUGCUGGGUGACUAAUCUCCCUGAAUCUGAACGUGUGCCACCACUCUAAAGCUAUUUCUGCAAAUUGUGCUUCUUAACAAGACUGCAUUGGAUAUUGCCCCAUGUUCUUCGCUUGUGUAUUCCCUAUGUGCAACUUGCAACUGCUAACACUUCCUGUAACUCACACACAACAUAUUAGAGGUUGGGCUUGGACUCAAAAGGAAAGGUCUAUCCUUAAUAACAGGUUAGUCAAUUGUACUAUAGCUACAUACUUUUAAAGACGUUGUCAUUUGCUGUAACUUGAAAACUUAUUUCUGCAUUUUGAAUUUGAAAUCUAUUUUUUUUUACUCAAUAUCCGUUCAAUGAAUUGUGACCUUAUAAGGAAAAAAAUGCAUCCAGUUAAUUAUUUGGACAAAAAUGUUAAAAAUCAAUGUAUAACUUGAAGAAUUUUGUAGAAGCUUGAGCUCUUAAUUCUAUAACUGGCUCAAUACUUCACUGUCACAGGAACAUAAAGUAAAAAGUAUUCCUUGAAUAUAAAAGGCAUGACAUUUCUGUCACAUUCCAAUAUACAGAUGCAGGUCAUUAUUAAAGCACAACGAAUAUCAUGGGUCUUCCUAGCUUAAAAACAGAGCUAAACUACCGGUAUUCUAAAAGAACAAAGGCUAUGAGAAACUCCGUUUGGAAACUCCCUGACAUUAAAGGUACAGUAGAUCCAACCAAUUUGCAGCAUGCUGGUCCUGCUAGAAGGACAAAAGAAAAGGUCUCUUCUAACUUCAGAACAAAUAGACUCACAAAGCAAUCUUGUACAACCUGCUUCAUUUGACCAAAAAGUUCUUCAUUACAUUACAGGUAUGGGAUCUGUUAUCCAGAAAGCAAUGAAUUACAGAAAAGCCUUCUCCCAUAGACU